GGAUCUUGCCACGGGGAAUGGCCUUGUAGCGCACUGGAUGGCUCAAAAAGGGACCAGCGUCCUCGCGACAGAUGGCAGUCCCGUUAUGCUCACGAAAGCUCAAGCCCGACAGUCAAAGAGACUCAAAGAAAAUGGGGAAGCGAAAGUCUCAUAUCAGAUCCUCGAUGUGACAGAUCCGCAGCAUUUUGAAGAACUUAUUCAGUCUCGAGGUCCUGGAGCUGGGGUGAGACUUUUUGUUGCACCCCUACUUAUCUAUGUUCCAUAGUCACACCCAUUGCCUUUUCGGCUUGAUCUUGGACCAUAUGAAAUAAAUUGACUGUGUGAGUAGGGAGCAUUUGAUAUCAUUACGAUGAAUAUGGCAAUUAUGGAUGUCUCUACCUUAGAGCACCUUGCUAAUGCACUGCCUAAAUUGUUGAAAAGGGAUGGGGGCCGGUGAGUUCGUCGGCUCUAACUUUGACAGGCCUUGCCGACUUACCCCUUGGUAUAGGUUUGUUGCAACGCUAUUGCACCCUCUCUUUACCUGUGGCGUAACAAGAGCAGUUGAAUACAGGGACAAUCCUGAGUCAGGCCGAGAGGAGGCGUUUCAUACCUUGAAGAUGACCAAAUACUUGGACGUACCCUCCUACAAAGGCGUCGCAACUCAAUCCCAGCCUUAUCCGCAGAUAAUAAGCGCGCUCCCAUGUGUAUCUUCUUUAAUAUCUAGUGCUAACCAAAAGUCCAUCCCGCGUAGCUAUACUUCCACCGUCCAAUGCAGGAAAUUUUUGCCCCCUUCUUUAAGGCAGGCCUGGUUCUGGAUGCUCUGGAAGAGCCAAAUUUCGACGAGGCAUAUGUAAAGGCAAGGGACUUGGACAUAGGGUCGCUCCGGCAGUUUACUCAGUUCCCUAAAAUUCUUGCUUUCAGAAUGAAGAUUGCGUGAGGCUCUUCCCCCUGAUAUCAAGAUCAAAUUUGGCCGUUCAAAGUAGUUAGUUAAGC